AUGCUGCGUGCAUCUUACAUAUACACCCACAUAGUCUACGAAGAAUCUGGCCCAAGAAGAGAAAAGAAAAGGCCUACGAAGCCCAUCCGGCCAUCUAAACCCUACGGAGCCCCAUUUCGUCCCCACACCACACGGAAGCAAGCAGCGCCGCCGCCGCCGCCUCAUCCUUCGUCACGCAGGCCGGCCGCUGCUCGCAGCUCGGAAUCUCCCCACCGCCAUGCGCUGGGCCGCGUCGAUCCGGCCGGCGACGGCCACCGCCGGACGCCGUCGCCGUUCCCGACGCGCCCCUUUCUCUGGUCUCCUCGUUGCUCUGCCCCAAGAUGUGCUGUGGCAAGGUUCCCGGCCACGGAGCUCUGCCGCCUUCGAGCCGUCUGCCGGUCGUGGCGCUCCAUCACCAGCGAUCCGGCCUUCAUCGCUGCUCACAAGGCCCGCCACCGGGAGACGCUCGUCGUCGGAAGCAUACCGGCGCCCCACGGGUUGGACGUUCUUCUCAUAGAUUUGCAAGGCAAGGUAUUGAAGCGCAUCCACGUCAAUGACUGCUCGAGCAUGGAGGUGCGGACAAACCUUAACCUCGUCUGCGCCACCGAGCACCGGGGCAGUGGUUGCGCCAGUGUCAACGACCCAGCUACCGGGGUUACGCAUGCCUUGCCGAGGAACAUGGCCGCCGAAACGAAAUCCCAUGCGAGGCCCUUGCGCGAGUACUCUGCCAUGUUUGUGCUCGGGAUUGUCGACACGGAGGUGUACAAGGUGCUCCGUAUCCUCACGGAUGCUGAUCGCCGCCACGUUCAGCUCUUUGAGGUCCUAACACUGGACAACAGGGGCCUUACACCAUGGAGGGCAGUGGAGGGCAUUUCAGGACAUGUGGAGACUAACACGACCGCCUCCAAUGUGGUCAUCAGGGGUGUAGUUCACCUCGUCGCGGUAGAAAGUGGUGGUGUUGAGAAUGACUGCAUCGCUCGGUUCAACCUCAAGACGGAGGAGUGGAUGCCAUCGCUCCGAGGUCCGAUAACCAGCCAUCCGGAUCUGAACGACAUUGGCAUACAUAGCGUUCUGGAAAAAUACUCAUUAGCUGAGGUGAAUGGUUCCUUGGUCGUAGCUCGGUUCACAUUUCAGCAAUACACAGUCAAGUUUGAAGAUUUCUUUUUGGACCUUUGGUAUCUGGGGGACUCGGAGAAUUGUCAGUGGGAAAGGAAAUAUAGGAUCGAUCUUGACAUGGGCAUACCUGGAUGGUUUUGUUGCUUUGCAUAUCUCUCUUCGGCGCUGCAGGAUGGCAGGUUCCUCCUCCGUUUAUGUAAUGUUGAAGAAGAUUUAGAAGAGCUAAACUUUGAACAGAUCUUGGUAGGAUACAAUCCGGAAACAGCCACUUUGGAUUCAAAAUCACUAGAUGUCACGGUAGUUGGCCAUAAUGGCGUCUACACAGGAAGUUUGUUAAGUGUUAGGAACUGUUAAGAGCUGUGAUCUUACUACGCAAGACCUCUGUCGUCCGUUUGCUGUCAACUAGUGGUUGUUAGAUCACGUGCGUAUGGCUUGGGGUGGUUGUUUCGGUGGAGUCCCCUUUCCUGAGCUAAUCGGAUUACUAGGGGAACCUGGUGGCUCCUGAGAAGCCUCCAUUUGUUGUUUCAGUGGACAAUGGCGUCCGUUUGUUGUUUCAGUGGACAAUGGCGUGUGGAGCUAGGAGUAGCUUUUGGUAUUUUCUUUGUUCUGAAUUUGUGUAAUCGGUUCGUCUCCUGUUGUAUUAAUGGAGCUAGAACUUCAAACCCUAUAUGAAAUCUUGCACUCUCUGUUUUUUUUUUUU